GGGGGGCGCCAAAAAUGGCCCAAAAAAGGGUGCAAAAAAUUGCCCAUAUUUUGCCUAAAAAUUACCCAAAGUUUAGAAAAUUUUAUUGAAAAGAUACCCCAAAUUUACCGCCAAAUUACCCCCAAUUUACCCCAAAUGGCGCAAAGUACAGCUAGCCAGAACAACUAAACAUAUGCAACGAAGGAGCGGGGGGAAAGGCGGCAAAUACCCCCCCUAAUUCCUACUCCCCCCUGCGCAUCGCACAUGCAAUAUAUUUUGCGGAGGCACCGGGAGGGGAACAGCAAAGGAAGAGCGGCAGAGGGGCAACUUUAAAUGAAUGUCGCGACCCAAAAAAACGGCGCAUACGGGUGCACCGUGCCAUGUGCGCAUACGUACGCAUAGGCGCAUGUGCAUAUAAACAUAAACAUAAACGCGUACAUGUGCCCCACUACAUACAUACACGCACCGCACGUGCGCCGUGCGCGAGCUUUCCUGGGAAAAGGGCAGAGCCCCCGUGCGCAUAUAUAAUCAUUUUUCUCCCCCUUUUUACUUAAAACCUUUGCUCACUAACGCAAAUUUUUUUUUUUUUUGGCAUCCUAACAAGUGAGCGAUUCCUACGUAUGCACUUGUGCGUAUAUGCCAUGCGCAAACGUAUACGUAUACAUUACAUACAUUACAUACGUGUAGUAUGUAUACCCCCUUUCGGCUUAGAAUUGCAUUUUAAAAAAAAAUUAUUAUAUUAUAUUAUAUUAUCACCCACCCACCGUGCAAGCAAAUUGCCUCACUAAAAAUAUUUUCGAAAAAUAGCAGCCGCUUUUUCCGCUCGAUUAGCACAUUCGCAAUUUAAUAUAAAAUCACGCUUCGAAAAAAAAAAAAAAUAUAUUUUCAUUUUUUUUUCCCCCUUGUUUUACCUAAAAAACUUUUAGAAAUAACUAAACAUUUUAGAAUUGUAUAAAAAUUUAGAAUUCUGAUUUCUUCACAAUUCAUGCUAUCCUAGUUUUUACGCAUACCUUUCGUUUAUUUCAUUAUUUUUUACGCUUUAAUUUUUCGCCAUAGUUUUUACUGCAAACGUUUGCGCGUUUUUUCCCCAACUCUUUAAACGCAUCGGCAUACGCACGAAUAUAAUACUAUAUGUGCUAAACGCGCCAGCGAUAUUUUACCCUAUCGUUUUAUUUUUUACUAGAAAGCUUUGCGGCUGCCCUGAGAUAUACCUCUGCAUCCCUGCACGUUCGCGAAAAUGAAAUUAGCCAAAUUAUUUUACUUCGUCGCCUUCCUCAUAACCAUCAAGGUGUUCGUCCCAGGAGUAAACAAUGACGGCUUCGUACAAGCAAAGAGUGCUGGAGCUGACUCCAAAUCUUUGAAAAAGCUCGACAAUGAUAUGCUAAGAAAGCAAAGAAACCAAAAAAUUAUGAUCAUAUCUACCAUAGCAACUAGUUUAGCUUUACUGCUUGGUGGUGCCUUAGGAGGAUAUGGCUACUACAAGCAGAAGAAGAGCAAGGGACCCGACACCCCAAUCAUCACCAACAAACCCUUCGGAAAAGGAGACACCAGAAACUUAAGCAGAUCACAGGAAGAUAUCUCCAAGAUCCCACCAUCAUCCGGCCCCUCCAAAAAUUACGGCAUGGGAAAUGACAGCAUGAAAAAUAAGAAAGAUAAGACCCCCCCAUCCAAAUGAGAAGGGAACCUCUAGCCGAGCACGGAAGUUGCCAAGCAGCGAAAGACCGACGGAAGCAAGAUUUGUGCAAAGGCGCUUCUCCGGAGUAGGCAAAAUGUGCCAAUAUGGAAGAUGAACAAGUAGGAGAAGCAGAAGAAGUAGAAGAAGAUGAAGAAGAAGAAAAAAGAGAGAAAAAAAAAAGAGAAAAGAAAAGAUAAAAAAAAAGAGAAAUAAAAGAGAAUAAAAAAAAGGAGAAAAAACAGCUUUUAACUUAAUUUUUUCCCCGCCAAUAUAUAUGUGUCUAUAGUGGUAUUAUAACAUAUACAUGUGUAUACUAUACAUGCGUAUAUUUAUACCUACACAUAUACAUACAUAUGUAGACGCCUUCACUUCCCCUUCGUGUGAGUUGCCCUGCCUGUUCUCGUUCGCCCCAAGUUGUUCGUACGUAGACGCAAUAUGUUCGUGAGUCCGUUGUAGAGUACGUUAAGUGUUCUUGUGUGUGUUCUGUAAAAUAGUCCUUUCCGUCCGUGACCCGUGUGUUUUUUCGUGAGUCCUUCCGUGUUGCUCGUUCGCGAUCGUCCGUCCGUCUGUCCGUCCGCUUUUGUUCCGUCCGCCUCUCUUGUUUCUGCCGCGUCCGUUUUCGUGUUCUUUUGUUCGCUUGUUCGCUUGUCCUCUCGUGUGUACGUCUGUGUGUUCGCCCGUUCGCUUGUUCGCUCGUUUGUCCGUAAGCCCCUCCGUCCGCGUGUCCGUAUGCCCGUGUGUUUCCCGUAAGUGAUUUUUUUUUCCUGUGCGUGUGCGUAUGCACAUGCAUUGUAUGUAUGUACAAACGCCGAGUGACCAACUCUUUAAAAGCAUUUCAGCGCUUGAAUGUACAUCAAGGGAAAAUUAAUUCUUACCGAUUCA